UUAAAUUCAGUCUUAUUUUUUAUAGUUAGGUUGUUGUAGCUAACGAAAAUUGUAACGUCCAUGCACCCUUCCUCGUUGAUAUAAAAGGAUAUUCCACCGCCUUUCGUUUUCCGUGUUAGCAUGCAGCGGCUCCAAUUACCGGAGACCCUUCCUUGUGUUUCUGACAUACAGCCUCCUCUCCCUCCCUGUCGACCAUUAAUCGGAAGAUGGCUCAGCAAUUCGUCCAGGCUAAAAUCAAAGGAGACAAAGUGGUCUUGUUCAUCAAGCCCACAUGUCCGUACUGUGUCACGGCCAAAGACGUUUUGUCGAAGUACAAAUUCAAGCCGGGCCAUCUGGAGUGUGUUGACAUCAGCGUUCGGCCAGACAUGGGCAGCAUGCAGGACUACUUCCUGGAGCUCACCGGCGCCCGCACCGUGCCACGGGUGUUCGUUGGAGAGGAGUGUGUCGGCGGUGGCAGUGACGUUGCAGCGCUGCAUAAAAGUGGCAAACUGGAAGGAAUGCUGCAGUCCAUUGGAGCUCUGCAGUGACCCGCGCUAAACUAUGAGGCGACGUCACAUGACAACGCAUCGAGAUUUGCGUAGUUUGCGUCGCCGCUGCUGGUACUCGCUGAGCUCCUGCAGAUAACCUCUGGAUGGCCAGCGCAGCCUCUCCACCUGAUCUCGCUCCUCUUCUGGAACACACGCAUACACUACUACACUAUAUACAACCUCACAUCCGUGUUGCUGUAUCAGAACUUCUUCAAUCACUCUCUUGACCUUGGCCUUUAUCUUGGGCCCUUCGGUACCCGUCCAAAGAUUAAAAAAAAAAAAAAAAAAAUGCACCUCAUGUCUAUAAGGAAUGAUAAUAAAAUAUACCGCUGGGACUACA